AGGAGCCUGUUGAGACUGGGGAACAGAAGGAGAAGGAGGAACUCGACCUCAGACCUAUCGUGGAUUCUGUUUUUGGCCAACUUGCAAAUGAAAUCAUUUGCAUGGGAUUGCCAUCUGUGAGGAAAGUGAGUGGAUAGGGAAGAGAGGGAGAGACGUGGAGAUUAAGCGAGAUAUGAAGAUGACAAGAAUAGGUAAAAGUAUGCUUGUUUUAUGAAACAUAAUGUUAUUUGUAUUUUGCUUUUGCUUUGUCAGAUAGUUAUAAGAGAAGGGUCUGAGAUGAAAAAGAAUGCAAAGGUUUAUAGAUAUAUUUGUUGGGUUGGUUUAGGAAACUAAACAAUGUGGACUUUUAAGUAGCUUAAUAUGGAAGCAGUUGAGUGUUGUAUUGUCAGUCCACUCGAUAAAUUAAUUAUAUAAAAAGGGCAGAAGAGGAGAGGAGGGCAUCUUCACUGAGGACUAAGGCAUGGGAAACUGCACCAAACCAUCCCUGAAAAACAAAAUUAAAAAGGGUGUGGCUGAGGGUAAAGGGGCUGGGCCAGUGGUGCCAGGGCCCCGCCCACCCGGAGAAGCAGAUGGAGAAAAUGAAGUAACUUCUGAGUUUAAGGGGCCUCUGAAUGCACUAGUCCAAAACUGCACCAUGCUGCAUAACAUCGUUGGACCAGCAUGCAUCUUCCUAAGACAGGGCUUCGCAAAGUCACAGCUCGACAGGGAACUGCGGCCAGAAGAGAUAGAAGAACUAAGAGAAGCCUUUAAAGAGUUUGAUAGGAACAAAGGCUACAUCAACUGCAGGGACCUGGGAGAAUGCAUGCGGACGAUGGGAUACAUGCCAACAGAGAUGGAACUCAUUGAACUGAGUCAACAAAUAGGUGGGGGUAAAAUUGACUUUGAGGACUUUGUGGAGCUCAUGGGCCCCAAAAUGCUGGCAGAAACAGCAGACAUGAUUGGAGUCAAGGAGCUGAGAGAUGCCUUUAAAGAGUUUGACUCCAAUGGAGAUGGGCAAAUCAGCAUCACAGAACUGAGAGAAGCCAUGAAGAAGCUAAUGGGGGAGCAGCUAAACUCCGGGGAUAUUGACGAUAUAAUUCGUGAUGCUGACCUCAAUGGGGACGGACUUGUUGAUUUUGAAGAGUUUGUGAGGAUGAUGUCACGCUGAUGGAUUAUUUUCAUCAUGAGACUCUAAGAGGGACACAUGGUGCAGCAAUCUUCAACAUGCCUACAAUUUGUAAAAAUGAUGUUUCAUUUUAUUUAUUAAAUAAGCAUUAUUAUGCAAAAGAGCAAUGUCUCAUUUCAAUAGAGUAAUGUUGUAAAUGUACUGUUUAACUGGUAGGCCUAUUUUCAAAGAUGUAUUUG